AUGUUUGGGAUUCAAGAUACUUUAGGAAGAGGACCAAUUCUGAAAGAUAAAGCUCUAGGUUCUGAAAUGGAUUCCGUCAGGUCCUGGGUCAGAAACGUUGGGGUUGUGGAUGCAAACGUAGCAGCACAAAGCGGAGUAGCUUUGUCCAGAGCUCACUUUGAAAAGCAGCCACCCUCCAACUUGAGGAAAUCCAAUUUCUUUCACUUUGUUCUGGCUCUCUACGACAGACAGGGGCAGCCCGUGGAAAUAGAGAGGACAGCUUUUGUGGACUUUGUAGAAAAUGAUAAAGAGCAGGGAAAUGAAAAGACAAACAACGGCACGCAUUACAAACUCCAACUUCUUUAUAGUAAUGGUGUCAGGACUGAACAGGAUCUGUAUGUUAGACUCAUCGAUUCAGUCACUAAGCAGCCCAUAACUUAUGAAGGACAGAACAAGAAUCCCGAAAUGUGCAGAGUUUUGCUUACCCAUGAAGUCAUGUGCAGUCGGUGCUGUGAGAAGAAAAGUUGCGGCAACAGAAAUGAGACUCCGUCUGACCCUGUGAUCAUUGACAGGUUCUUCUUAAAAUUUUUUCUCAAGUGCAAUCAGAAUUGUUUGAAAACAGCAGGAAACCCAAGAGAUAUGAGACGGUUCCAGGUUGUGCUAUCAACAACAGUGAAUGUUGACGGGCACGUACUGGCAGUGUCUGACAACAUGUUUGUUCACAACAACUCCAAGCAUGGACGGAGAGCAAGGAGACUUGACCCCUCAGAAGGUACUCUGAUGUCCUUUUUGUUUUGUUUAGCCACACCGUGCAUCAAAGCCAUCAGCCCAAGUGAAGGUUGGACUACAGGAGGAGCAAUGGUGAUCAUUAUUGGAGACAACUUCUUUGAUGGGCUGCAAGUUGUAUUUGGAACCAUGCUUGUAUGGAGUGAGCUUAUCACGCCUCACGCCAUUCGAGUUCAGACACCUCCACGUCACAUUCCCGGAGUGGUUGAAGUGACAUUAUCGUACAAAUCCAAACAGUUUUGCAAAGGCGCACCAGGCAGGUUUAUUUACACAGCUUUAAAUGAACCUACCAUAGAUUAUGGUUUCCAAAGACUGCAAAAGGUCAUCCCAAGACAUCCUGGUGACCCUGAAAGACUAGCUAAGGAAAUGCUGUUGAAACGAGCUGCUGACCUAGUUGAAGCACUGUAUGGAACACCACAUAACAACCAGGACAUCAUUCUGAAACGAGCUGCAGACAUCGCAGAAGCUCUCUACAGUGUACCAAGGAAUCCCGCACAGAUCCCUGCACUGUCUAGCUCUCCUGCUCACAGCAGUAUGAUGGGAAUUAACUCCUACGGUAGCCAGUUAGGAGUCAGCAUUUCAGAGUCAACACAGGGGAACAACCAAGGUUAUAUUCGUAACACAAGCAGCAUCUCACCCCGAGGUUACUCAUCCAGUUCCACACCUCAACAGUCCAACUACAGCACUUCCAGCAAUAGUAUGAACGGCUACAGCAACGUCCCCAUGUCAAACCUGGGCGUUCCUGGCUCACCUGGAUUCAUUAACGGCUCUCCAACAGGAUCCCCCUAUGGAUUAAUGUCUUCAAGUCCAACAGUUGGCUCCUCCAGCACUUCUUCCAUCCUUCCAUUCUCCUCUUCCGUCUUUCCUGCUGUCAAACAGAAGAGUGCCUUUGCUCCUGUCAUCAGACCCCAAGGGUCUCCUUCUCCUGCCUGCUCUAGUGGCAAUGGAAAUGGGUUUAGAGCCAUGACUGGUCUUGUCGUUCCCCCGAUGUAAGGAGGA